AUCAUUUUUAAAUUUCCUAUCUCCAGAAACUUAGUAGAUACAGGUAGGUAUAAUUACUAUAUAGUAUAGGUACCAGCAUACAAACUUAAGAUUGCAGUGUUUAAUUAAAUUAACUAUUAAUUAUUAACUUAAUCUUACAAUGUGUCUCAAACAUAUUCCUAGAAAUCUACUAAUAAGUUUUAAUAUUAAUAUUCUCCCUAAUCAACCCAUUAGUCGCUACAUUAGAUUCCUUCUUGAUUGAACUAUUGAACUCAUUCCACAGACAUAGUUCGCGAAUGCCAAUUUGAAAUUCUUAUUCUAUGGAACAUUUAUGCUCUUUUAAAAAAAGUUUCUAAAUUAUUCAACAUGACAGAUUCACAAGAUGAUCCAACACCACGUUCUAGAUCUCGAUCUCCAAUUGUCUUUAACAUUGCUCAUGUUUUGGGAAAUGUUGAAGACAAUAACUUGCAAUCUAGAAGAGUUCCAGGUAUUAGAGGCAAUUUAAUAUAUGCAGAUACACAAGAUUAUACUUAUAUUCAAAAUAAUGUAUCCACCAAUCGAAGGCAGUUAAGAUGUUCAAGAUACGAACAAGGUUGUGGAUCAACUGCGUCCAUGUCAUUGAUCCCCGAAAAUGAUCCAAUUAUUAUGUACCAGCCACAUAACCAUGGACCAGGUCAUGAUAUUGAAAUUGGCUAUUUUUUAGCAGCAUUAAGACUGAGGGCUUCAAACGAGGGUAUACCAGCAAGAGCUAUUUAUGAAGAUGUUUCUAGAAGAUAUCCCAAUGCAGCAAUAGAGGUGUCAAGAGAACAUGCACUUAGAGCAAUACGCCAUGUUCAGCGUAGAUUUAGUCCACAAGUACCGAAUACUUUGAGGGCUAUGGGAAAGACUAUUAUGUCUUUAAGAUGGCAUGGACGUCUCUUAAACGUAUUGGAUGAUAUUAACAAUGUCCCAUUCUAUCAAGGUAAUCUUGAAUACCUUGAUAAUAAUGCAGUUGUGUUUGGUGGUUUAAUAUUUGCUAAUGUGGCAUUUCUUCAACACUAUGCACCAUAUUUUCGCCAAGCUCGAGUUGUAGCAGUAGAUGGGACAUUUAGUGUUCUUCCUCGUUAUCCAGCCGAUAUGGAGCAGUUUGUCACUAUUCAUGUGAUAUUAGACAACAUUUCUGUUCCUGUAUUAUAUGCCAUUCUGAAUCGCAGAACAGAAAAUGUAUAUAUUCGGUUAUGGCAAUUCUUGAGAAGAGAUUUGCCAUUCGAUAUUUUUGAUUGGGAAAAUUUACAAAUUCUUACAGACUUUGAAACCGCAAUGCGUAAUGCAGUAAGGAGAAUUGUACCUGAAUGCAGACUGAUUGGAUGUUGGUUCCAUUUUAGUCAGAGUAUAGUACGAUUUAUUCAAAAUCAUAACAUGAUUCAGUUAGUCCGCAAUAAUAGCAAUAUUGCUACUAUUAUUAGAAUGGUUAUAGCAUUACCUCAUUUUCCAUCAGAAAUAAAUCCAGACCUUCCAAACAAUUUCCACAUUGUUGGAGGUUUUUUGGCCAUUCAAGAAUUAGCAAGAAGCAUGGAUGUAUCUUUACAUCUGACAGAUAUUUUUGAAUAUAUACAAAAUUUUUGGUUGAAUAUUAUUCAUCCAGAUGGAUUUUCUGUUUUUGGAUUGAAUAUCCGGACCAAUAAUUUUAUUGAGAGUUUCCACAGUAUGUUGAAAACCUCUAUUGGCCAACAUCCUCCAGUUUGGACUUUUUGGGAUAGGCUGCGUUCUGUAGAAAAUCGUGUACGAAGGGAAACUCGUCAAAUAAUUAAUGGUCAACAAGUAAUGAAUUUAAUUUACCUAUCUAAUAAAAAUUAUUCUUUCAUACACGCUGUCAGGAGAUCAAUUAUUACUUCGAGGGACACUAACAAUAAUAUCUUGGCCGAUGCAUUAAGGCUUGUACAAAAUGGACGGUAUGAUACUAUGGCCUACCUUCGAAGGGUAUCAUAUUCAAUAAAUAGUUAUUUAAAUGAGCAAAUAGGCCCCAUUCCAAAUAAUAUCAACCAACAAGUAGGUGCCAUUAUUUUGGAACCUCUACCAUUGCCACCACCACUACUACCUCGUAGGGUAAGAGGCCGUGGUCGUGGUAAUAUGCAAGUUAUUGGUCCAGUUGAAAAUAAUAGGAUUCCACGCCGAAGAGGAAGACCAAUUGGCCGUAUACAGGCUGGAGGUCGAGUAAUAAAUAAUCCACUAAUAGUUGAGGAAGUGGAAGAUGUGGUUGAACCAAUUCAACAAAAUGAUAACGGACAAACUGACAAUAGGAUUCUACAGCGUAGAGGAAGACCAAUGGGCCGCAUACAGGCUGAAGGUCAAAUAAUAAAUAAUCCACUAAUAGUUGAGGAAGUGGAAGAUGUGGUUGAACCAAUUCAACAAAAUGAUGAUCACGGACAAACUGGCAAUGAUGAUGUAGCCGAAAAUCAAUUACUAACAAAUGAAGUACCAGCGUUAUUUAUGGUUACUGUUCCACCAAUUGGAGGUGAAGACCAAAAUCGAUGUUUUGUUUGUUUAGAAAACCAUGACGUGGUUGGCACAGAAAAUAUUUUUCUACCAUGUGGCCAUGGGUGGUGCUGUGACAGAUGUGCAGAACGUAUACAGCGUUGUCCUGUUUGCAAAGUUCCUUUCCCGAGAACACAGCCAAUUCAUAUUGUACAUGCUAUUGAAAACCAUAAUAUUACAGAUCCAACUGGAAGCCAAUGCCUAGGAUGCUUACCCUUCAUGAGGGAUGUACCCAACGGUUCAAGGUAUAUAUAUUUAUAUUGUGGACACGGAUGGCUUUGUGUGGAUUGUGCCAUACCUCCUCCACCCAAUUGCGAGAUAUGCAGGGAAGAAAUAGAUGGUGUAGUCCAAAUGUACAUAGUAUGACCAUAGUACAUAGUAUUGAUUGUAUAUUUAACCAAUCAAAUUUAAUAAAUUACACUUUGAAUACCUAA